ACCAAAACAACAGCUCUGCAGUCUUCCGAUGGAAAGCUGAUCAGGUGGUUGCAGAGCCCCUGGAAACGGCAGUACGAUGCAGCUGAAGAGGCAAAGCACAGCCCACAGACAAACUGUGGCUUGCCUCGAGAACAAGCCGACCUUUGCAUCUGAAUCUUUCAGGGAAAUGAUGCACUAAGACUACAGCAGAGAGAGUCAGGCAACAAUGGAGAACCGGGUCUUGAAGGCAUCACUUGGUGUCCUGGCUCUUCUCUUCUUCAUACCAGCCAUUCAGGGUCUUUGUCCUUCUUUGUGUUCAUGCUCAGGAAAUGAUAGAAACGUGGACUGUUCUGGCAGAAACCUGACCACGCUGCCACAGGGACUUCAGGACAACAUUACCUAUUUAAAUCUGUCAUAUAACCACUUUGUUGACCUCAACCACCAGCUGACUCAGUUUGCCAAUUUGAGAACCCUGGAUGUUUCUGACAAUUGGCUUCAGAGCCUCCCAGCACAGCUGCCCAGGUCCCUGUGGGAAAUAUAUGCCACGCACAAUAAUAUCAAGGUUCUCCAAAAGCUUGACACAGCUUACCAGUGGAAUCUUAAAGUCCUUGAUGUGUCAAGGAAUAUGGUGGAAAGGGCUGUACUUAUUAACAAUACAAUGAGCAGCCUCAGAUUCCUCAACCUCAGUAGCAACAAGCUUUGGACCGUCCCCACCAACAUUCCUUUCAACAUGGAGAUAGUGGAUCUAUCCAACAACUUCUUGUCACAAAUCCUUCCUGGCACGCUGACGAGACUUACACGUCUUUCCAAACUUUAUCUGCACAAUAAUAAGUUCACCUAUAUCCCUGACAAAGCGUUUGACCAGCUUGCUCAACUACAACUAAUCACACUUUACAACAACCCAUGGGCAUGUACAGAUAAGCAGCUAGCCCUCUCCUAUUUGCAGAAAUGGAUAGGGAAAACGGAAGCCACAGUCCUUGGGGUGCCAUGCUCAGAGGAGGUCACUGUACCAUGGGAAGGCUCCAUGACAUUCACAGCUGCUCCAACAGUGGCACAGAACCACCUCCUUAUUAAAGCCAUAAAGGCAGUGGAUACAACUGACUCUCCAGAAGCAACUGAACGCAAUGAAACAGUGCAGGAACAACAGUCUAGAAUGACAGACAUCAAUGUCAACACUACUGCUGACCAAACAAUAGUAUUCAUGAGCACCGAUAGGCCACUGGCCCUCCAACCAGAAAAUCUCAGCACAGAGAAGCUUAAUUCUUUUGAAGCGGCGGCAGCCACACACAUGGUCUACAUUCAAGAUACAACCUCUGUGAAGUCCAGCACAAAAGGGUUGGCGGAACCUCCCACAAUUCCUAUGACCUUGAGUAUCACCAGCGGGGUGCCUACAAACUACCCAAAGAAACAACAAAGCACAACAAUAAAAAGAGAAGAACACACCACAAAAAUUAGCCCUCGCGCACCCUCUAAAGCAAAUGUGCCCAGGGGGUAUUUGUUCUCCACUGUAAUGCUUGCAGUGGUGGCCCUGGCAACUGGUGGUGGAUUUGUGUUUAAAUGAAUGAAUUGCUUCUUUAUUCCAUAUUAAUAAAAUGGGGGGGGGGGAGAGAAAUGCUCCUGUUCCACAAUGAUUUAGAUGCAAGAAGAAAUGCCUGUUUAAGAUUCUGAAAUAUGACUGAAGAAUAUAACUCCUCUUGAAUGACAAGACUGCAGAAAAACCAUGUCUUGAUAACCAAGCUGCUACUUACUUAAAUUAUGUCUUACUGAAUUAAAGAAAUAAAAA